AUGAUGAUAUUCAGAGGAGAGAAAAACAGGAACCGUGUGGAUAACUGACCGACAGGGCCGCCUCUCAUUAUACCGAGAGAAAAUACACGCUUCAGAUCUACUGAUGGGCUGAUUUAUUGCAGCCACAAUCUUUUCCUAAUGCUUUUAUUCUUCUAUAUGAGGCAGAUCUUUUCUCAGUAAUUCACUGUAGGCUCGGAGGCGGUUGUCCUGAUGAAGUGUCGGCAGAGGGAGGAGGAAACCAAAGAGAGGAAGGAAACGAGGAUAACGUCACAAGAAGCAGAAUCGGAGUAAAACGGACUGAAUAGUAUUUAAUGGACAGUGCUUGAUGCGGGCCAGGGGACCGAGCUGCUCAAUUCUGUUUGUUUACGUCGCAUUUGGACAAAGAUGUGUUUGUUAACUGAUCGGGCGUGAAAAAAAAGAAGCAUUUUCGAGGAGGAAACGGCAACACAGCAGCAGAUUUCAUCUUUUUUCAGCAGGCUCCACUAAAGCAGAGAAAUGGAAAUGUGUGUAGCCCUCCUCCGUUUGCCUGUUCGCUGAAGGAUUUGGAAAUAGCCUAAUCGUGACACACGGAGCUUUAAGUGGAUCUCAUUUUUUUUAAUGAGCAUAAAAGACUAAAUCCUCCAGCGGAUUUUUUUUUUCUGGGGACGCUGCCUUCGGUUUUUUUGUAACGGCGGAGGGGAAAAAGCAGCAAAUCAUCGGGAGAAUUAACAGGUGACAGCUUGAAAAAUCCAAAAUGAGUGAGCUGGAGCAGCUUCGCCAGGAGGCCGAGCAGCUUAGGAACCAGAUACGAGAUGCCAGGAAAGCAUGUGGAGAUUCAACCCUGACACAGAUAACUGCUGGUCUGGAUCCUGUGGGGCGGAUCCAGAUGCGGACGAGGCGCACCCUCCGAGGCCAUCUCGCUAAGAUCUACGCCAUGCACUGGGGCACUGACUCAAAGCUUCUGGUUAGUGCCUCUCAAGAUGGAAAACUGAUCGUUUGGGACAGCUACACCACUAACAAGAUACACGCGAUCCCUUUGCGCUCCUCCUGGGUGAUGACCUGUGCGUACGCCCCCUCUGGGAACUACGUGGCCUGCGGAGGCCUGGACAACAUUUGCUCCAUCUACUGCUUGAAGACUCGUGAGGGCAACGUCAGGGUCAGCAGGGAGCUACCCGGCCACACAGGUUACCUGUCCUGUUGCCGUUUCAUCGAUGACAAUCAAAUCAUCACGAGUUCAGGAGACACCACCUGUGCACUGUGGGACAUCGAGACGAGUCAGCAGACCACAGUGUUCUCGGGCCACAGCGGCGAUGUCAUGAGUUUGUCCCUGUCGCCCGACCUCCGCACCUUUGUGUCGGGGGCCUGCGACGCCUCGGUCAAACUGUGGGACAUCAGGGACAGCAUGUGCCGGCAGACCUUCACGGGCCACGAGUCGGACAUCAACGCCAUCUGUUUCUUUCCCAACGGCAGCGCCUUCGCCACCGGCUCGGACGACGCCACCUGCAGGCUGUUUGAUCUGCGCGCGGACCAGGAGCUCAGCCUCUAUUGCCAUGACAACAUCAUCUGCGGCAUCACCUCCGUGGCUUUCUCCCGCUCCGGCCGCCUGCUGCUGGCUGGUUACGAUGACUUCAACUGCAACAUCUGGGACGCCAUGAAGGGAGACAGAGCAGGGGUCCUGGCCGGCCAUGACAAUCGUGUGAGCUGUCUUGGUGUGACGGAUGACGGUAUGGCGGUGAGCACCGGGUCCUGGGACAGCUUCCUCAAGAUCUGGAACUGAGCUGUGCACACCAAUAGCGAACACACACACACACACACAAACACACACACACACACACACACACACACACACACACACACACACACACACACACACACAGAAACACACACAGCUCCCUUCUUUGGACACAGUUUGCACCCUGUAUUCACUGUAUGUAAGAUUCAACAGACAAACUGCAACAUUGUACUGUACAUAAUAUAUAUGACUUAGGUAUGACUUUAUACACACACACACACACACACACACACACACACACACACACACACACACACACACACACACACACACACACACACACACACACACACACACUCUACCUACCUACCUACCCACCUACAGCUGAUUUAAGUAAAGACCCACACACACACACACACACACACACACACACACGUAUUCUGUAAAAUGUAAAAAUGUGACAAAAACAGUUGAAUCUUCAGUUGCUUAAAUAAAAUAAAAACACAAAUGCCACUAUGACCUGAAGCCUUUUAACACGUCUAACACGCUCAUUUUCACACACACACACACACACACACACACACACACACACACACACACACACACACACACACACACACACACACACACACACACACCGUUUUUCUUGCGAGACACUGCUCCUCCAGUUAAACAGGGGAGAAGACAUUAUUGGACAGUUCUGUCUUUGUUUACAAUGAAGUCGACAAAAAGCACUUCAGACUAAAAUUUCUGUACUAUUUUUGUCUCGGUAGCACAUGUAUCUCGCCGAUGCUAAUGUGAAGGAAGUGAGAAGAGAGUCAUGCGAGUCCAUUAACAGAGAAAAGAGGAAAAUAUCAACUCUGGCUCGAGACAUCAUGUAGUCACUGUUUUUAUAGAUACGUACCCCCCCCCCCCCCCCACACACACACACACACACACACAGUACAUGCUCUUCUUGUUUUAUUUUUUACACUUAUUUUAUUCAUGUUCUCCCUGUGUGCCUCAGAUACACGUUAAGGAUUAUUAAUAGAGAAUAUUGAUACAGUUAAAUUAACAACAUAAAAAAGAUCUGAGAUUCAAAAAGGUGGGUGAAAAAAUAAAAGCAUUAUAAGACACAUCUUAAUAAAGCAGGAGCCAGUAUUCAUACUUUGACUUUGUCAAUGUAUUAUCUGGACUUUACGAUGGUAUAAUUGUACAUAAUAUUAAUAAAUAAAUAGCCUCUCCUGCCAGUUAUUGUGGUUUUCUUUAUUUACACAGUGAUGGACUCGAUGUAAAGAGGUACAGUUUGGCUACACAUGCUAUUUCCAGUACUGAAUUUGCAACACACACAUUGACCAGGAAUGCUAUUUAGAAAGCUUACAUUUGGUAAUUUAACAGCACAGUAACACCAUUCUUCAGAUAUUAUGGAAAAGAGGGAUCAUUUGAAAUGUGUUUGAUUAAUUUCUGAAGCCUCGUGAUAAAUUCUACAAAGACUGAACACAUUUUUUUUGUUCAAUGAUCUAAAUAUUAUCCCAUUAAACUUCCUGUUUUCCUCAAAUCUGA